CUGAUGCGGGAUGAGUCAGGCUAUAUGAUGCUUCUGCUGUCGCUUCCAUUUCAUCAGCACAAAACAUCUAAACAUUUCUCCAUCUUCCAAGCGUGGAUCAAAACAUGACAGGCGUAAAUCAUCUUUGACUUUUACGCGACUUUGAUCCAGGCAGGGAUCAUUUCAACAACACGCCGACUCAUCUUUAGCAACAUCCAAGCAAAAUAGACCGCCUACACGGCGCAGUUUAGUCUGCACCUGUUUGUUUUUUUACGUAGAGACGAAUGUUUUGUUUAUUCUUCGGUAUGUUAUGUAAAUAGUUUAUGUCCGUCAUUUCAUCCAGCGGUUUCAAAAGAGGCUUCAAUCCUUUAAAGACUAUGGAAUCAACCGUGUGGUAGCUUUGAACCGACCAAACAAAAACAACAUCUAAAUAAACAUGGAGGCAAUUUGGCUUUACCAGUUUCGACUGAUUGUUAUUGGGGACUCCACUGUUGGAAAAUCAUGUUUAAUUAGACGAUUCACAGAAGGCCGCUUCGCACAGGUGUCGGACCCGACGGUCGGUGUGGAUUUUUUCUCCCGCCUGGUAGAGAUUGAACCCGGGAAACGCAUUAAACUGCAGAUUUGGGACACUGCAGGCCAGGAACGCUUUAGGUCUAUCACCAGAGCAUACUACCGUAACUCCGUGGGAGGCCUGCUGCUCUUUGACAUCACCAACCGUCGCUCCUUCCAGAACGUUCACGAGUGGCUAGAAGAGGCACGCAGCCACGUGCAGCCCCACAGCAUUGUCUUCCUGCUGGUCGGCCACAAAUGUGAUCUGGAACCACAGCGUCAGGUGAGCCGGCAAGAGGCCGAGAAGCUAGCGGCUGCGUACGGCAUGCGCUACGUGGAGACUUCAGCACGUGACGCCAUAAACGUGGAGAGAGCAUUUACAGAGCUAACACGGGAUAUAUUCGAGCUGGUGAAGAGCGGGGAGAUCACCAUCCAGGAAGGUUGGGAGGGAGUGAAGAGUGGGUUCGUACCUAACGUGGUGCAUUCGUCAGAAGAAGUGACAAAGGGCGAUCGUCGGUGUUUCUGUUGAGUUGGUAAUCGCCACCCUGCUACCUAUCAAACAUUUGGGCCCUGGUGGACAAAAGAAACGCUUCCUCCAAUCACAGGGUCUCCCUGAUUAUGACAUCAUCACCCCUUUCCUGCCUGCUGAAUGCCUAAACAAGUCCCACCAUAUCGCUUCACUUUUCUAUACUACUUCGCUCGUUUCCCUAAUCACGCAAUCUUGUAUAUGGCCAAAUUGAACUGCUGAGAAUGGAAGGUUAGUAAAAACUAUUGCAGAACUCCUGCUGAAAGGCCAGCGUGCACUUUAACUGUGUCUGCACAUCUGUCAUUCAUUCUGUUGAGCCACUAAAGUUAGACUUCCCAAAUAAAGAUGUUCUGGCUUUGGACGUCUCCAAUAUCUGGGACUAAGCUUGUUCCAGGUGUCAUCUAUUGGUUGCAUCAUGGGAGAGAUAACUGACUAACACAGGUUUUACUUGCUGACUUCAAAGAUGAAUGCUGGGAUACUCAUUUCUAUUGACUCGAAGAUCUCAGACUUGAAACAUUUGAUUGCUGAAGGUGUGAUGUGUCUGAUAAAUUUAGUAAAUGAACGACAAAGGGAAGAGAUGUACCGCAAUAUACUACGUGAUCUGUAAUGAUUCCCAUAUGAACAAAACUAGAUUUUCACUUGUAAUUGGUGUGAGAUAAGUAUGUCACUUACAUGGUAUGAUAAUGGAGGUUCAUUUUUAUGAUCUAAUGCAAAGAUUCAUAAGGGACUACUGAAAGUACAUCCAUGAGCCCCAGAUGGAUUAAGAAGUGUGUGCAUUGUUUUACAAAUAUUAACAUUUCACUUAUCACACAUUACCACAAGAGGCCUCUGGUGCUCACCAGAAUUACAAAGAAACCUUAAUCAGUUGUACUUGAGUACAUCUUUUACACCUUUUAUCCCAAAGAGUGUUUCUGAUGUUACAGCUUGUGAUUGUACUAUCUAAUGUGAAAAAGGCAAGCUCUUCCUAUAGGUUUUCUAACCGCCCAGUGAGGGCCAUUGACCUUGUACACAUUCACAUAAGGCAUCUGUAUCUAUAGAGCUUGCAUUGCCAUGUAUUUACCCUUACUUUAUUCAUCUAUAACAUCUUUACUUUUUGAAAUGACUUGCUCUUCACUUUAACUUUCACCCCUUUGAAAUAAAUCCAUAGCCACUUUCUUGAAUCUGAUUGGAGAAGAUGUGUUGCUACUGUUCAGAAGUGGCUGAGUAGUUAAUCUGUCACAUUAUUGGACAAUAUGAAGCCAUUUCAAAACAUGGCUGAAACAGGGUCUCAGGGAAGAACCAGAAGAUUUUGGAUUGGGUUGACCACUCGUUUGCUUUGUAAGCUUUUUGUGGCUGAUGUGGAUUUGCAAGGACUGGCUGUACAAA